AUGACCAUUCUUGGUUGGACCCAAACCACCCAAACCAUCUUCAAUAACUUCACCUAUCCUCAACCAGUCGGUACUCAUAUGGACACUCCUAUCCUGAGUCUGCGCGAGAUAGGGCAAGUUUUUUUACUACGGUCUAAAGGCCCAAUCGGGGACGACGCUCCUUCGUCGUUCCGUGCUGCGGUCUUCAGCUUCCAUCCGGCACUCGAUCAAAAUAAGGCCAAGGUAGCUCGGUCGCCACUUGCAGCGUAUGGGGUCGAGAUAGAUGUCGUGAUGCAUGAUAUUCUUGUGCGCGACGACUUCAUGGAGGAGCCGCAGCUGGUGAUCGAUCUGUUUAUCCAUGGGAUCACUGUGCUCGUAAGUACCUUGGGACUCGGCAAGAACAGUUCCGAUGCCAAGAGAUACAUGGAGAGAAUACGCCAGCGAGUCCCUGAAGUUGCACAACAUCUUUGGGACAACCGCGAGCGGCUGGAACUCUGGGACCCUCAACAGCAAGUGACAAUACGAGAUAACCCUAUCUGCCCCUUUCUCCUCACUUACUACAGGCAAGCUGAGUGCAACUCACGGAUUCUAUCGCAACUACUACUAUACGUCUGGGUGUUCGCUCCUUUCCCGGGCGCUGAACUCGGCGAACUUCUAUACCUUCAUGCAACUCACUCGAUCACUUGUCGUGCCUACCCGGACACAACGGCCGAACAUAAUGCUUACCUGCGUACCGCGAUACUUUCGGGCAUUGGACCAGAUGCUUUCAUCUCGCGAAUCAAGGGAGAGCUACAAAGAACCGGGAUCUCCCAGGAGCACUUGGGUAGUUGUCUCUCCGUGACUCACGAUCUGGAGCGUCUUCCGGAGUUCAUACCGUACAUCGAAGGAUACGACCUGUUAGGAACCAUGUUGCGAACAAUGGAGUAUGGUGGUCAUUGUGGUGUUUUAUUAUUGCACCAGAGAUUUCCGCUCCCACCGUGUUAUCCAGAGAUUUUCGCCGCGGCGAACAUCCAGAGAUUUUUCGGGCGGUCACGGGCGCGCUAUGGUGGCUGA